AUGACAGUUGUUGUGGCCUCUACCGCUGAUGAAGUGACCACAUCUCCUUCCAUUAACAACGCCAACGAUGUGUUGAUCCCUUCAAGAACUGCUCUUCAAUCUAGAACAAACGCCCCUCAGUCUCGACAAUUAGUUGUUCCAUCGCCAAUCCCUUUUUCGAGCGAACAAGGCUUAUUUUCGCAGACUAGAACGGAUGCGCCGUUGACGAUGAUUGAAGAAACUGAUAAAAGUAUCAAGAAAACUUUUGAUAGAGUGAGGCAUGGUAAAAUAAUCAGACGGCAGAAUGCGGCUCAUAUGACUGCAGGGGCUAGAGUUGGGAGCCAGGAAGCUGUGAUGACAGACACUGUCAUUCUACCAAUUAUCAACAUCCGACCCCAUGCAGCAGAAGCUCAAGGGGGGGGAAAGGCAGCGGUUUGUAACUGCCCGUUGGUGUCUUCCAUUCCAAGGUUAUCUCGCGCUCCGGCACGACUCUUGUUGGGACGGUCAUACCAAGGUUGUGAUACAAUUGCAGCAGAUAGCUGGUCAGGACACGACGAUGAUGAGGCUUCACUAAGCGAGAGUUCUGCAGCUACGGAACGCGUGUGGGGCGGAGUAUCAUCCGCUUUCGUACCCUCAGUGGUGCCUAGCUCUGGGCUGGUCACUUCAGACGAUGAGUCAGACACAGCCAUCUCAGACACCUUAGACACAUCAGACACGGAAGCUAUGGAAGCACCCUCUGCCUCUAGAACCAACUGGAAAUCAGGCCUCAAGAUGCUACAGAAUGCCGAGAUUGUUUCUGAUGGAUCGUCCUCAAGUUUUGAGAGGUGA